AGGGGUAGAAUUUGAGGAUUUAGUCUCAAGUAAUCAAUAUCAACGUGGCCUAAUCAUAACCAUGAGGUGUUUCGCAGAAUUUCAGUACAGAUGCCAUCUUUCCAUGAACAUCGAACGAGAUUUGUUCAUCCACCAUCGUUGGAUAGUUCUGGCCGUGUCCGAAUUCAAUGCGGUCAUCUUUUUCCGCUAUUCCAACUAAGAUUUCGGGAGAUACUUAGGAUAAGCUUUUUCGGACCUCGUUGCUACUAUAAAAAGAAGUUCUUCUAGCCUAGGGCCAACUAUCGCGUGUUCACCUUUUCCAAACUCCCUUGUCUUUUCUUCCUCGUACCGCGAUGUUCUUUCCACUGUCUCUCCAUACCCUUUGUCUCUUUCUGGUCCCAUUCACGGUGCUUUCAAAUGCGUCGCCCACAAAGGACACCAACGGUUAUCGUUUGGCUCGUGGGUUGCCACCCUUGCCUCCUCGAGACUUUGGUCGGAAUAAGCCUGGAUAUGAGCCCACUCCUGUGCUGAGAGCAAGAGCAAGUCCCUCGCCUUCAAGCGUCGCACGAUUUUCAGGUCGUCUGCAAGUUCGCUUCAACAAUGGAUCAACUAUCGGAUACGUACAGGACCAAUCAGGACUUCCAGUGUCUGGAGGCUCAGACUUGCAAAUCAGCAUCACGACGUCGUCAACGCGAAAAGAACAGCUUAAUAUUGUCGCCACUACGACCAACUUUCCUUCGCCAUCUUUCGUAGGCGCUUCGAGCCAGGGAUCUGGCAAUGCGACAAUUGGUACAGGCAGUUCGAACUUUGUUCACGUCUCAAUUGUACAGAAAACGGAUGUCUUGUCCAAACCGAUCAAAUCAGGCAACGGUAAUACUUCAGUAGAAUCUGCAAUUUGGACUGUAGACCUAUCCACGAAGGAACUCACAGCUCAGUAUGUUAAUCAAGAUGGUAGCCUCCCAACCACGUUUCUUGUCUACGACAACGCCACUACUAAUCUCUAUUUGACCGGAGACACCACUGCAUCCAAUGCAUCUGUGACGCCGGUGAAAUUGUUCCUUGUAAACUGACAAACUGACCCCAGACCGCAUAACGACUAGAAUGACCAAUCAUUGGACGCUCGUUAUGAAAUGUACAUCUUGUUAUAGUGAACCUUUGGACUUACAUGGUACCGUUACUGUAAUCUUGGAAUUUUUCGAGGGACUUAUUACUGUAACUCUACUUGCGUUAUCUCAUACAUAUCUCUCUUGUAGUGUAUGUAUAUACUUCUUUGUUGCUAGUGUGUAAUUCCGAGGUGCAGCAAUCAGCUGCCUGAACGCAUAAUUAUGUAGCACUGUGUUUUUGAGACUCCCCGCGGGCGAAACUUGUCGCAUAUAAUUAGAGAAGACCAUUCUUGUCAUCU